AUGUCUGUUGACGCAAGUCAUUUAAUAUCCUCAACUAAAUCUUUGUCUGAUUCAGCCAUAUUCUCAGACACCGGAUUAGAACUAAUUAACGACCAAGACGCCAUAUUUAUCCUAGAAAACUUUGAAGGCAGUAUAUUCAGCCAACUUCACCAACAUGACUGCAGAAUAGUUGGACCCACUGUUGUCAUCCAGGCGUCUGAUAAAAUACUUCCGUAUAGGCCGCGACCUCUAUACUGCACUUCUAUGGAACAGCUAACAAUAUGCUUUAAUAAAGACACGUCAAGAAAUGAACUAAUAACCCUGGCCAACUUAGCCCACUACAUGGGUGCCAGUAUAAAAAAAGACAUGAGUUCAAAGGUCACACACCUCGUGGCAUGGAAAUCCGGAGGUCAGAAGUACAAGAUGGCGCUAAGCAUGGGGAUAAGAAUAAUGACGAAUGAUUGGGUCUAUGCCUGCUGGAAGAUGAGAGACGAUGUUGAGUUUAAAGCUUCUAACUCAGAUGUCAUCGCCAAAUACAAGUGGGAGCCAUUUAAGCAUUGCAUUCUAUCAUUCCAUGGUUUCAAUAAGGAAGAGAUAUCUAAUUUUGAAGAACUUACCAACGCUAAUGGUGGCCAGAUAGCCGUUGUUGGCUCUCCCAACUGCACUCACCUAAUUGUAAAUGAGAAGAAGAUCACAAAUAUUGAUUCCAUUGAGAUCGUCGGGGAAGUACACAUUGUCAUUCCUGCAUGGUUCUGGGCUAGCAUACAGAUGGAGGCCUGUGCAGACGAGACCCUCUACCAGUUUCGAGCCCCUACCAACGACGAAAACAAUCGACGGACCUCCUCUAAUCGCCUAAUUCUAUCCAGUAAUUCGACCUCAGGUACCACUGCAACUACUCCUAGGUCAAGGUUAGGUACGUUUUCGUCGAAAGUGGCCACACCGCUGACGCACUCGAGCAAGUCCAGUAAGAGAAGAAGGUUACAGGAAAACUUGGCUCACCUGGCGAACGAGGGUGAAGUUAGUUGUAGCUUCGUCGGGGCCGAUAAAGUUGCAAGUGGUGAUUUUGCUCUGCCUAACUUGAUUAGGAAUAAUAAUGUUGAUGGUGGUGGUGGUGGUGGCUCUGGGGUAGUUUUUAACGGUGGGAAGAAGAAUGGCCAGACGUUUGAUGCUGUUGUAUUGCAAGAUAUAAACAACACCAAAGACAUCUCAAAGUCUCCGCAGACAGCAGCAACAAUAACAACAAACACAUCAGCAACAUCACUUAGACAAACACAACAACAGCAUCAACAACAACUAACUUCUCGUCAACAUACAAUUAUGGAGUUACUCCAGACAGAAACGAAUUACGUUGCUAUAUUAUCUACAAUCCUAAAAAUUUUCAAAGAGGAGAUAGAGCGACCGGAUCAGGCUGGAGGUCCAAUACUGGAUCAACAGGAGUCUAAAAAUAUCUUCGGGGGAAUCCCGCCUAUCUGUGAGAUACACCUGCAAAUAAAAUCGGAGAUUAGUAAAAUCGUGCAGAACUGGUCGGAUGAGUUGUUCGUUGGAGAUGUCUUCCUAAAGCAUGCGGAUUCGUUCAUAAAAUGUUAUCCAGUCUUUGUUAAUUACUUCGAGAAGACCAAAGAGUUGAUAAAUAAGUACGAUAAAUGUAAACCGAGGUUCCAUGCUUUUCUAAAGUUAUGUCAGGACAAGCCAGAGUGUGGAAGACAAUCUCUUGUUGAAUUGAUGAUAAGGCCUGUUCAGAGGCUGCCAAGUGUUCUGCUACUGCUAAGAGACAUACUGAAGAGAACAGACAAAAAUCAUGCUGAUCAUACCAAACUAGAAAAAGCAAUCACAGUUCUAGAAGAAGUUAUGACGCACAUAAACGAAGACAAACGAAAAGCAGAUGGUCACCAAACUAUGUUUGACAUCAUCAACAGCAUCGAAAACUGUCCUCCUAACUUACUAUCUGCCCACCGUACAUUCAUCUGCAAUGUUAACGUCAUGGAAGUCGGCGAUACACUACACAAGAAAGGGGAAUUACUAACUUUAUUCAUAUUUUCUGAUAGUCUUGAGAUUUGCAAGAAGAGAUUGAAAGCACUAAACUCGAAGAGCCCUGGAGUUGGCAAGGGGCAGAAAUGUUACAAGCACCUGACCAUGCUCUCCUUCCUUAGUAUCAAGAGAGUCAUCAACGUCAUCGAAACUAAUGAAUUUCGUCACAUAUUUGGCCUGAUAAUAAAAAAGAUAGAAGAUAAAGAAGAGAAGUUACUAACCUUCUCACUAAACGAUCCCAAUGUUACAAAGGUUGAGUUCUUAACCAUGCUUAGUAAGAGCAUAUGCAAUGCAUCUUGCAGGGCUGAUUAUGAGACGUUGAUAGCGAGUUGUGAUGCCUCCGUGCUUAACCUCGAUUCGUCUGAUCUGUUUGGGUAUAAUUCAUUAUCUAGGGUGGCUAAUAAAUUCACAAAACGCGUGAGUCGUGCCUUCUCUCUCAACAAGUCGCCGACGAGCAGCUCGCUACGCAGCAUCAGCAGCAUGUCGCACAUUGCUGGCUCGGCCACGGCUAUCAACAUCAUGGGGAACGCGGCGUCGGACGACUUCUCCAGCGACAACUUCAACGACGCCGGUAGUAGUAGCAGCAGUUAUGGCGGAAAUGCCGGGUCGUCGCUGGCUUCUGUUACUCCUCUUGGAAGCGCUUCUUCUGGAUUGAAUGAUGAUUGGAAUGAUUUUGACUCGAGGUCAUUCUACAUGGACCAGACAGUGAUAGAUGCUAGUGAGCUACAACAACGGAGAAGGGAAACAUUGGCGACGCCAACAUCUGCAUGUCUGUCUGCAACAAUAUGCGUUCCUAUCACAUCUCCAGAGAAAAAAAAUAAAAAUAUACCACAGCAAAGCGUAGACAACCUAUCCACAUUGUAUGCCACUCCGAGACUGACCAGGCACACCCAAGCCCCUGCCCCAUCAUCUUCCUCUACUUCUCUGGCCAAUAAGGGCAAGAGAUUGUCUUCCUUAUUCUCCAUGGGUGGGGCUUGGUCUUCCAAUCAGAAGCUGAAUACGUCGAGAGGUGCGCCGUCUUCGUCCAAUCAGAGGCUGAAUACGUCGAGAGGGGCGGCGUCUAAUUUGAUGUCGUCGUCCAAUCAAUCGUUGAGAAAGGAUGUUAAAAAUAACCCUUCUUCAGCAGCAGCAGCAGAACCAAGGCCAAUAUCUUUAACGAGAUUUGAUAAGAAGCACAUGGAAUAUAGAGUCUAGUAGCCCAUUCAUCAUCAUCAUCAUCAUUAUUAUUAUUAUUACUAUUAUUUAUUAUUAUAAUAAUAAUUAUUAUUAUUAUUAAUUCUACUAUAUCAAAUCAAUUGUCGUUUUUUUUUACCUGCUCGAUAUCUACAUUUGUUAUAGCCAUUAUUGGCAUUGUUGCCAUUUUUUAUUACUAUAGUUGAUAUUAUUAUCAAUUUAUUCUUAUUCUCCUUCUUAUUAUUAUUAAUUGUUGAAUCAUGGAAGUAAAACACGGCUUUCAAAUUUAUUUAUUUAUAUUUUAUUUAUAGCCCAAACAAAACAUCGAUUGUAUAUACGCCCUAUAUAUAUAUAUAUAUAUAUAUAUAUAUAUAUAUAUAUCUUUGUAUAUAUAUAUACAUACAUGUAUAUUCAAAUACCCAUUUAACAUAUUGUAAUUAGCAGCUAUAUGUAUUAGCCCAUAUUUUAACAUAUUAUAAUUAGCUGCCUUAUUCAAAUUUCCAUCCUAUUUUGCAUGUGAUUAUAUACACCUAUAUAUGCAUAUUUAUUGUUAAUCUAUUUAUAUUCAUGACAUUAAUCGAAAAAUCACAUAUAUAUAUAUAUAUACAUAUAUAUAUAUAGCAAAGAUAUUUAUUACUGAAUAAUUUUAUUUAUCGUUGGAAUAUGCGUAUAAAUUAAAUAUUUUCAAACUUGUGUUUUCAGCAAUUUUAUUAUUAUUAUUGUUGUUGUUGUUGUUUAUUAUUAAUUAUUAAUAUUAUUUGUAUUAUUAUUUGUUAUUAUUACAACAACAAGACACUAUAGCUCAUAUAUUCCACGUAUAUCAAAUUUUUUCAAUAAAGUAUGAAUGAAUGGUUAAAUUUAGUUAAAUCAAUUAAGUAUGCAUGUAUGUGUGGGUUUCUUUGUGUUUGUAUGUGUCAAUAUUCGUAUGUCUGUCUGUGUGUGUGUGCGUGUGCGCGUGUGUCUACGACUACAUAAUCGUGUGAUGGAUGUAUAAGUGAAUUUACACAUUAAAAUACCUCAUUACAUAAAAUUAGAUACCGCAUUUGCGAGUACGAUUAUACAAGGUUAACAAUUUAUGAAAAAAAAUACGUAUCCUUA